AUGGCUGCCACUACAUCAUACAAUCAGAACCCUGAAUUAUACGAAUGCGGUGUUUGCCUAGAUGAUGUUUCCCCACAGCAGGCCACCUUGACCUGCAUGUCGCACGUGAUAUGCGAUACCUGCAUACCAGAGAUCUUCGAGCGGGCUAUGACCAACAUAGAUGAGUUUCCUGCUCAAUGUUGCGCCGAUCAUUAUCUGCAACCGAGGGUGUACGCCCAUCUCCUCUCCCCCGAUCUAGUCGUAGAGUACGAAAAGCGAGCAGACGAACACUUCACGAAACCUAGGUUCCGUGUAUACUGCUCGAAUUCGGACUGUCGCCAAUUCAUACCGAGGAGGAAAUUUACAUACACGGGGUCUUCGGACGUUGCGAUGUGUGAAAAGUGCGACACGAUUACUUGUGUAGGCUGCAAGAAUGAGUGGGCCGAUAACUCCCAUCGUUGCGACGAUUCCUCGGAUGGCAAACUACCUGAAUGGCUACCCGAGUACAACCCCGAAUGCCGGAUCAAGAAGUGCCCUGACUGUCACAUCUAUCUCGAGCAUAAAGAGGCCUGCAACCAUUUUACUUGCAGCUUCUGCGAUUUCGAGUUCUGCUUCAUUUGCCUCUUGCACUGGAACUCUUUUCAUGAGGAUUGCCCACAAUACGGGGAUCCAAUUGUUGGGUACGAUGAAGAGGGCUAUGAAAAGAACUCUCGAGGUCUGCACAUUAUGACAGGCCUAGAUAGAAAUGGUCAUGACAGGCUCGGGGCGCGUCAUCUCACCCAGGCGGAACUCGAUGCUAUUGCGCAUGAGCACGAUGACGAAUUCCAAGAAGAUGAAUUCCAGGAGGACGGAUUUGAGGAGGACGAAUUCCACGAGGACGGAUUCCAGGAGGACAGAUUCCCAGAAGACGACCAAGACUUUCAGGUGCAGGAUUGGGAUACCGUCCACAUGACCGACGAAGAGGAACACCUCGACGAGGCGAUCAUUGAUACCAUGGCUGAAGUCACAGCCCAAUCCGAGCCAGAAGAGCCGCUUGAGCCAGAAGAGCCGCCUGUCCCAGAGGUAGCUCGACGCGAAUAUACUCUGGCUGACAUUAAUCAAAUCCAAUGUAAGCAUCGACUCGGUUACAUUAGCACAUACCAUUCGCUAGGCCAUGGGUUCUGUCAGGUAUGCCGGUACGAUCCGCCAUACUACCACUGUAAAUGCGAGCUAUGCCAUAUCUGUCUCUGUCGGUACUGCAUGGAUGAUUCUGACGACCGAUUGGAGUAUUACGACUUAGACAGUAUGGUUGGCCCCCUGCAAUGGGCCGAGCAAGGCUUCCCGCCAUUCAAACAAUUUAGUCGGCUGGCACACAAGAAAAUGCAGGCUGAGGAUGCCGAAUGGCACAUCGACGGCAUGAUGGCGUACUACGAGCAAAAGUUCAUAGAGCGCAAUCCGUUUGUCUUCGAUGAUGACUAUUCCAUACGGCAGAUGUUUGAAGCGGCUGAAGAGGAAGCUGGACUCCAUUGGUAUGUCUUGGAGAAAAAUGUCGGGCUACUUGGCCAUUGCUUCACGUUUCGUUUGGACAGAAGUCGAUUUGCGAUCUUGGGAAGAGAGAUUUAGUGGGGAAGUGGCAGUUGGAAUUGAGCAUACACUCGGAUUCCAUAACUAAGAUCUCUUGGAAAAAGUUUUUUAUUUAAUUGAAAAUGAUUUGACAUUGUUAUAUAGAUCAGUAUAUUACUGAAAAACUCUUACAUGGUCGCUACCAUUCGUGAAUUGAAUGAAAAAGAUUACUUUAUGGAGAUCAGACUUGGUGAUAAACAGCGAUUCCCGGGGCUGAUUUGUGAAAUGAAAACAGAAAACAGUUAAUUUCACUAAC